AUCGUUGUUACGCAACUGUGUUUCUUAAGGUUAUGUAAAUUACGCCGAUUCACGUUUCAACAACGACACAAUGUUACUGUGGAACCCAGUGUCGAGACAGACUUGAGAGGAAACUCACAAGUCUGUCAUCAUGAGUCCGUGACACCGAUCCGCUCAUAUCAGUCAUCCACUCGUAUCAGUCAUCGUGAUGAGCGGUGCUGCGUUGGCCGUGGUGAUCAUAACGGUCUUCUUCUUGGCCCUCUACCUCCUCCACCGCUAUGGAGAUUUCCAGAAGCAGCAGCGAAUGGUGCUGUUAGGAACCCUGCUGUCCUGGUAUCUCUGCUUCCUCAUCGUCCUUAUCCUGCCGCUUGAUGUUAGCACGACUAUUUACAACCAGUGUAAGCUUGAUAAUCUAGAGCAUCCUAUUCCAGUGACUCAAGCAAGGCCCACAAAUCAGACAUGGUCCAGUUUAUCUAUUCAUCCAACCGUGAGUGUACCUGAGGUGUGUAAGGAGCCAUGGAGUUACAUCCCAAACGGCAUCCUACCAGUUUUCUGGAGGGUGGUCUAUUGGACCUCCCAGUUUCUUACCUGGCUGAUGCUGCCCUUCAUGCAGUCCUAUGCACGGUCUGGGGCUUUUUCCAGAGUUGGGAAGAUAAAAACAGCUCUGAUCGAAAAUGCCAUCUACUAUGGCACCUACCUCCUCAUCUUCAUCUUUCUGCUCAUUUAUGUGGCUGCUCACCCACAGUGGCAUCUUAAGUGGAUGGACCUCCAGACUAUUGGCAUUACAAGUGCCAACACAUGGGGCCUCUUCUUACUUGUGCUUCUGCUGGGUUACGGUCUGGUGGAAAUCCCACGCUCCUUUUGGCUCUCGUCCUCUCAUGGCUACCUGCUUGCCAAGGCCUACUUCAAAGUUGCUAAAAUGGCCACAGAGAAGAUAGAGGCAGAAGAGAACUUAGCAGACGUUAUGGAGGAGGUGGCAAGUGCCCAUGAAUCGGUCAGUUGCUAUAAUAAUCUAAGGAAGUGUGUGGAUACCAUUUUGAAAAAGUGUCCCACUGAGUACCAAGAAAGGCUGGAGAGAGAUGUGGAGAGCAAUGGUGAUGAUGUUGACAACCAACAGAAUGACCCACCAACCAAGAGGAGUCUAGUGAAGCUUCAUAAACAAGUGAUCACUGCAGUGCAGCGGCAGAAUCAGAUUCAGGUCCAGUGGUCCAUCUUGCUUGACCAGGCCUUCCAUCUAGAAGACGUUGCCAAGUGCCAGAGCAGCCCAACACACCAGUUUAUGCACAGCUUCCCCUCAACACUGCACCACAGCUGGCUCCGCAGGUUUAUUUACACUCGGACUGCAGAAUGGUACUGGGAGUGCGUAUUGAGACAGGGUUUCUACAGGAUACUAGCUGUGCUCCUGGGUCUGCUCUCUGCAGCAGUGGUCUGGUCAGAAUGUACUUUCUUCAGCACACAACCCGUCCUUUCCCUCUUUGCCAUCUUCGUUCAGAUGGCUGAGAAGCAGUACAACUACAUUUGCAUUGAGAUGGCGUGUUUUGUCAGUAUAUUCUUCCUCUGCGUGUGCGUCUACUCCACAGUGUUCAGGAUACGUGUGUUCAACUACUAUUACCUGGUGCCACACCACCAAACUGAUGCUUACAGCCUACAGUUCAGUGGCAUGUUGUUUUGUCGCCUGACUCCCCCUCUUUGCCUCAACUUCCUGGGUCUGAUUCACAUGGACUCUGCCAUCUCACACCAAGACAAAAUCCAGACCUCCUAUACUUCAAUCAUGGGCUCUUUGCGCCUGCUGUCCUUCAUAUCUGAUGGUUUCUACAUCUACUACCCCAUGCUGAUAUUGUUGCUGUGCUUUGCCACUUAUUUCAAUCUGGGUUCUCGCUGUUUGAACCUGCUGGGUUUCCAGCAGUACAUUACAGAUGAUGACUUGGCCUCUGACCUGGUAGAUGAGGGCAGGGAGCUCAUCAGAAGAGAGAGAAGAAAACAACAGCGGGUAGAGGAUAGUGAGAAUCGCAAACGGGGCUGGAGGGAGCGGUACGGGGACCAGCGGGCUGUACGGUUGGCCAGGAAUGGUUACACAGACUUGAAAAACGAUGACAGCUGGUCAGCAGCAGAGAACAAGGAAAACGCCCAGUUCUCUUGGAGAGACAGUGAGAAGAGAGAACAGCUGACCAGUCUACUGAAGGACCAUCAGUCACUUGACUACAGUGAAGAGGACUUGACAAGCUCACCUACUAAAAGGUACACAGGAGGGCGUUACCUGUCCCUGUCGCCUUCUUCUACAGGCAUCUUUGAUGAUGUCUGACAGAAGAUGCACAUAAGAUAUUUGAUUUCCCAGAGGAAGCUGGGAAAUUAAGAAAAAGAACAGAGGUCAUAUCUCUGAUAGAAGUUCAGAUGAAUAAGGGAUAGUUAUUCAGGAAACAAAAAAGAGGACUCUAUAUCUUAGAAAUAUGCCAAAAAAAAAAGAGUGGGAAAGACAAACAGGAAAUGAUGGAAGUUCAAAAAUCCCUCAAGGAUUAGACUUACAUUGUGAGUUACUGCUCGUACUACAGAGUAGAAGCAUAUCCAAAGAGUUCAGUAAUUGUAACGGGAUUACAAUUUUAUCCAGAGUUUUGUCUUGCCUCGUUUGUUCUUGGCCAACUCCUCAAAGAGCAUUUUGUAGCAUUUUCACAAAAAAACGUUUAGCGUUCACAUGUAUUGGUGAACUGGAAGAGAGAGGAUGGCAUUUGCUCCAUGCUGCAUUGUGAAGAAAAUGUGCAGACUAUAACUAUGAUGAUGUAUGAGAUCAGUCGUUACCGCCUGGUGGAAAGAAAAUAAAAGCAGUAAACUUUUUGAAAAAUAAACUUUUCACCCUAGAAUCAUAUACAGUUCCUAAUUUACCAACAAAUUUGCCCCAAAGGGAAAAUGUUCAAUUCAGUCUUAUUUGUCUUUGUUUCACAUUUACUGCACAUCAUUUGUUUGCCGUUAGAGUACAAGACCAUUGCUUAUAUCUAAUGUAUGCCACGGGC